UUAUAAUAGAACUAAGUAUAUCGUUAUGAUAAGUUCUUCAUUUGACGAUAAUGAAGAGGAAGAAAAACCCAAUUGUGUUGUUGUGCAAAAUUUCUUACUUGAAGUUUUUACAAAUAAAGAAGCACGUACUCACUUUGAAAGUCUCUUUGCAAACUACCAACCAAUUAAUUUUACAUACCUUCCUUCAUUUAGUCGUGUAAUUGUUGCAUUUCAGACUUUAGAAAAUGCAAAACUUGCUCAAUUAGAACUUCAUGGUAAAAAUAUAAAUGAAAAAUGUCUUAAAGUUUAUAUGAAAGAAUUACCAAAAAAGCUAGGUAGCACAUAUCUAGCUUUACCAAAAGCAGAAAAAUUAUUUUUAAUAUCUCCCCCUUCUUCUCCACCCGUUGGUUGGGAACCUGUUGAGGAACCUAUACCAGUUGUAAACUAUGACUUAAUUAGUGCUGUAGCACAUUUAGAGAUACCUGGAAAACCAGUGGAACUGGUUUCUCAAACAAGUUUAACACCUAGUAUAGUAGUUGUUGGUUGUGAAGAUCCAAUAUCAAGAACUGGUAAAAGUAUGAUCAGUAUGAGUGCUGUUCCUCCUGAAGAACUUCAAACAAAGCGACCACCUCUAAAAAAUUAAUUAUUAUUCUCUUGCAUAGAUUUAAUAUCCUAGAUUUUUUAGUUUUAAUGUCAUUGUUUUUUAAAUGUUUUGAAACUAACUUUUU